CGUGAACUUGCUGCACAUUCUAUGCCUCCUCUCCUGUACUUAGUGAAGAAACACUUAAUCAGAAUCAGAAUCAGAAACAGCUUUAUUGCCAACCUCGUUACACAAAACUGGCAACCAGACAUGCGCUUCGAACACGAUGUCCUCUCUCAGUGCGCAUGCGCAGUAUCACCAUACCGGCGGAGGUUGAACGGUAGCAGUUGAAACGACGCAGGAAUAAACGAGAUCGUUUUCACAGCAGGCAAAACCAUGAGUCAGGGAAAGGAAAAUGCACGUCUCAAAAGCUAUAAAAACAAAUCGCUCAACACAGAUGAGAUGAGGAGGAGGAGGGAAGAGGAAGGCCUGCAACUUCGCAAACAAAAGAAAGAUGAACAACUGUUUAAGCGCAGAAAUGUGGCCACAGUGGAGGAGGAUGGAACACUGGAAGAGGAUGGAAUGUCAGACAGUGGAUACCUGGAAUCACAGGCCAACAACAUGGACCAAAUCACGGGAAGCAAUAUAUCUGAGGAUAUGAUACAGAUGAUCUUCUCUAGCUCUCCUGAACAGCAGCUUACAGGCACACAGCGCUUCAGAAAACUCUUAUCUAAAGAACCUAAUCCCCCAAUUGAUGAGGUCAUUGCCACCUCUGGCGUCGUGGAACGUUUUGUCGAGUUCCUGAAAAGAAGGGAGAACUGCACGCUACAGUUCGAAGCAGCGUGGGUUCUAACCAACAUCGCUUCAGGCACAUCCCACCAGACGCGUGUGGUCAUCCAGGCUGGGGCAGUGCCCAUUUUCAUUGAGAUGCUCUGCUCUGAUUUCGAAGAUGUACAGGAGCAGGCGGUGUGGGCUUUAGGGAACAUUGCGGGAGACAGCACAGAGUGCAGGGACUACGUUCUGGACUGCAACAUUCUGCCCUCUCUAGUACAGUUAUUAGCAAAACAAAAUCGUCUGACUAUGAUGAGGAAUGCAGUGUGGGCCCUGUCUAACCUGUGCAGAGGGAAAAACCCACCUCCAGAUUUCACCAAGGUAUCACCAUGCCUGAGUGUUCUCUCCUGGCUGCUCUUUGUGAAUGAUACCGACAUUCUGGCUGAUGCAUGCUGGGCUCUUUCUUAUCUCUCCGAUGGACCCAAUGAGAAGAUCCAGGCUGUCAUUGACUCAGGAGUCUGCCGCAGACUAGUGGAGCUACUGCUACAUGCAGAAUAUAAAGUGGUGUCCCCUGCUCUAAGAGCCGUGGGGAAUAUUGUCACGGGAGAUGAUCUGCAGACUCAGGUGAUUCUUAACUGCUCUGCCCUGCAAAGUCUCCUUCACCUGCUGAGUAGCCCGAAAGAGUCUAUUAAGAAAGAGGCGUGUUGGACUAUCUCCAAUAUCACAGCUGGAAACCGUGCGCAAAUACAGAUGGUGAUCGAUGCUGACUUGUUUCCCCCAUUGAUCCAUAUUCUACAAGUUGCUGAGUUCCGUACAAGGAAGGAGGCAGCGUGGGCAAUUACAAAUGCUACAUCUGGUGGCUCUGCUGAGCAAAUCAGGCAUCUUGUUGAUCUUGGUAGCAUCAAACCCCUAUGUGACCUCCUGACACUGAUGGAUUCAAAGAUCGUACAGGUGGCCUUGAAUGGCCUGGAGAACAUCCUAAGACUGGGUGAGCUAGAAGCAAAACGAGGAGGUGGCAUCAACUUCUACUGCGGCCUCAUUGAGGAGGCCUAUGGACUGGAUAAGCUUGAGUUUCUUCAGGGCCAUGAGAAUCAGGAGAUCUAUCAGAAGGCCUUUGACCUGAUCGAGCGCUACUUCAGCACAGAUGAUGAAGAUCCGGCUCUGGCCCCUGCUGUUGAUCUCCAGCAGCAACAAUUCCUGUUCCAGCAGUGUGAAGCUCCCAUGGAGGGUUUCCAACUUUAACGUCUCCCACCCCAUUUCUCUCCAAGCAGUCCACCCUGGGGGGUGAAGGAUGCCCCCCUGACACAACAGAGCGAAGGAUUCAAUAAAUGAACAUUUUAAAUUAGUGAUAUACAAGAGCUUGUGUUGCCGGUCAACCCAUUUUCCCCUCUUGUCCUCCUUCCCUGGUGUCGUCUGCCCCAAGGAUGGCUCCAGGAAAAUGGCGACACCAUGCCCAGAUGCAGAAAAUCUGAUGAAAACAUGAACAGUAGACCCUUAGAGAUGAUCUAAAUAUCUUACACUGAUACUUCACUCUUUCAUAUCAUGCGUUAAUCUUUCUUUCAACUCUUUAAGCAUCAUUCCCUUAACCCGUCUAAGAAAAACAAGCAACGGGAGCCCUGUACCAAGAAAUGAGGAAAACUGCAUCCACCAAUGAGUUAAAAGAAGCUGGGAAAGGAAAGCUUCUGACAUGACUGCAAUGCUGAAUUUGACAAGGGAUCUGCUUUUCUGUUGUGAAACAGUGGACUGACCGUGUGACUGUGUUUGCAUGUCCCCAAAUUUCCCCCACGAGUCAUGGCCAAUCUGCGCUGAAGAACUGAAAAACGUCUACUGAAUGCAAGGCACCUUCUCAUUUGACCCAUGCAACUCAAAGACAGCCAGCCAGACUGACUGAGGGGUCCAUGCUUUCUGACUGUUAGUGCCAGUCAAACAGCCUCUUGCUUUUGACAUGCAUUAAACAUGCAUUCCGACGAUGACUGAACUGUACGGGCUCCGCCUCUUCUUUUAGGGUUACACAUUUGCACCUUUGGAAUUCCCGAAUUUGGAGUGUUCCCACUCACUGAGACUGCUGGACAGACAAAAAGACAGGAAAGACAAAUAUACUUUCUGUUCCUUAAUCCUGUGCAUUAGACCAUUUGAUACAUCAAUAGGACAAUUUCACAUGAGCAUCACCUUCAUUGGCACUUUACAUUCAGAACAGACACCCUUUGUUUUAAAACUUCUGUAGUGAGUUUAUGCCCAAAAUGGCUUCUCAGGAUAUUGAGGUAUAAAGGUAUGAUGGUACUUACCUUAAUAAUUACAGGAUGUAUUUACAGAAAACACUAAGUAUUUAAGAGUGUGAUCUCAUUGCCUCAUUCUGGCAGAGCAAAAAAUCAACCACUUCAAAGCUUCCUCCAUCAAUAAGUGACAUUUUAACAAACCGAUGAAAAUUUUGCUGAAGGCUUAGCUUCCCGACACGUGUGGUUGUGUGUGUGUGAGACAAACUUUAAUAUUAAUGUCUAAUUAUGCUGAAUGCACACAAACCCGUUCAGACAAUAUUUUCUGAAUAGAUAGAUCUAUACGAGAAAAAUACAGCGCAAAAAGCUGUUCAAUUCAAAACUGCUUUCUGGGGAUUAGAAUCUCUUAAUACCGAAGGCGCCAUAAUCCUCAUUUUUAAAUUGAGGUGGAAAAUGACAAACAACAAAUCAAAUGGACAAAUUAAAAAAAAGACUGAAAAUAUAUCAGCAAUUUAACACUUAAAAAUGACUGGGUAUUAGCUCAUAAAAUAUGAUUGUUUACAAAGUUGUUCUAAUUUCAAUGUCAGAUUCUUCCCAAGAGAUGACCAGCUCUUUGUGUUCAAUACUGCUGUCGUAUUGAGAUUGUGUUACUGUUCUCUGUUACGCCAUUUGCAUAAAUGCUGUUUCAUGAAUCCCAGUGGUCAAGUUAUUUAAUUUAGUGUCUGUUGGCAUUACACAAGUAUUUCAUUCAUCAUUGAUACUUGAAAAAAAAAAAAAGGACCAGUUCUUACACGUGUAUUUUUACAUUCAUUUUUUUGACACAAACUCUGGUAACACUUUACAAUAAAGUGCUAUUUGUUAACAUUAGCAAAUGCAUUAGUAUUAAGAAGUAACAGUGAUUUUUUUUUUUUUUUUAACCAUUUAUUGAUCAUGGUUUGUUAAUUUAUGAAAAUACGAAUUCAUGUUACCUCAGUGCAUUAACUAAUGUUAGCCUGUAUACAUGUUUAAAAAAUAUUAGUAUGUAGUAAUUAACAUUAACCAAGUGCUUUAAAAUUAUUGUACAUUAGUUCAUGUUAGCUAAUGUUAAUUACUACAACCUUAUUGUAAAGUGUUACACAAACCUUUUCACACAAUUGAGGAAUAUUUUUUUUUUAACAGAAAGAUUACCUAGCUACUGUUUUCUUUUCGGUUUGUCGUUUUAAGGAAGGCACACAGUGAACUUCAGGUUUAGGUGUUCCUUUGUGUAAUUCAUGUACUUUUGCAUUAUUAAAUAGUAAUUAUAAAUUAAAGUUCCUCAGGACAAAAUUUAUGUUGGCUUUAUAAAGCCUUGUCUGAAAGUUAAAAAAAAAAAAAAAAGUUUAAAAGCUUGGGGUUAGAGAACAUGAUUGCUUUUGUUUUAAAAAUGUCAUUCAUUUAUUGAAACAUGAACACUUAAAAGCAAAGACAUUUCUAAAUUAAAAUUGCACUUCAGAGAAAAUGUAAAAAAUCUUUAAAAUAAUGGUGGUAAAAAAAAAAGAAAAACGUAUUUAACCUCUCAUUUUCUGUCAUGCAAGUAUUUUUCUACAACAGGUGGAAAAUUAAUUAUACAAAUCAAUAUCUAAAGAAAAUUAUGACUACCACCCCUGGAGUCGUGAGUUUGAGUCCAGCCAAGUCUCCUAAGCAACCAAAUUGGCCUGGUUUCUAGGGAGGGUAGAGUCACAUGAGGUAAUCUCCAUAUGUGAGAAUAACGUGAAGCCUCCACACGCUAUGUCAUGUCACCAUGGCAACACACUCAACAAGCCACCUGAUAAGAUGCCUGGAGUCAUGUCUCAGACACAGAGGCAACCCUCCGCCCUCCGCCACGAGGCGAGUCACGUGAGGACAUAGAGCGCAUUGGGAAUUCCAAAUUGGGGAGAAUAAAAAUAAAUAAUAAUGAUAAAUGAAAUAUAAAUACAUUUUAGGUUCAAGAUUUUUUUGUAUUUUAUUAUUUGUAAACCUGCUGAGUGGCAUUCACAAUGCAUGUUAAGCUCGAACAGCUCUGUGGAAAUAAAAUUAACUUAACUCAGAGCACCUCCUGAGAUGGUCUUAGGUCAUUUGAAACAUUCUCAUCCAAACUGUUUUCAGACUACUGAAAUAGAGUGAGAACUCUUUACAUGCACGUGUUCCACGAGACACGCUCGCGCUGCACGCAUCUGAACAAACAGCGAAUCAGACAUGCGCAUCGAAGGCUUUUCUGUCGAAUGUUCUUAAAAUGAUAAUAAAGUGCGUCUUUUCAAGCAUGCGUCUUUGUUGCAGUUCACUACACAUGAAACGGGUAACCCCCAUUUGGCGCUAUUUAAUAUAUUUGGUGACUUCACUGCUCCAUGGUUUUGUAAUUUCCCUGUACUGUUGAACGUCAUCUGUCAGUGAGUGUUGAUAUCAGCAUAGGGAUAUUUGUCAGAUAUUGUCAAUAUCUGAUUACAUCAUCCUAUCACCCAGCCCUGAUUGCUAGCAUGUUUUAGCAUGUUGCCAGACAUUGCUAGCUUGAUUUAGCAUGUAGCUAGACAUUGCUAGCAUGUUUUUUUAACAUGUAGCUAGGUGCUCCUAGCACAUUGCUAAGCAUUGCUUGCUUGUAGCUAGGUGUUGCUAACAUGUCAAUAAGCCAAAAUAACUAGAUUCUGAUGAAAAUGUGAGUGGUGGUUGCCUGUGCAAAAAGAGACACCAUUAUGUUCUUGGUGGUUGCUUUCUGGCCCAAAUCAAAAGACCCCAUACCUAAGUCACUAUUGUAAAUUGGUCCAUAGAUAUGGCUGUAGUCCCCAUUUUUAUUUAUUUAUUUAUUGUUUUGCAUGUUUUACUGUCUGCUAAGUGAAUCCAAUUGCUUUGUCUCAAAAAAAAAUAAAAAACAGUUCAGGUAUCAUUCUUGAUCACAAAAGGUGUUGGAUGGUUGGAAAUAUAGGUCUCUGAGGAACAAUAGUGGGUGCUUCCCAAUCUGUGGCUGUUUCCAAACCAGGAUGGCAGUUUCUGAAUUAUCCAAUGAAAGUAGGGUAUCUCAAUGUAGUAGCAGAUCAUGUUAAGCAGUUGAAAUACCCACAUCCCGGUUGGAAAACGGCAAUAUUUGUUCAGCAGAGACACGAGUAUCGAUGGUUGCUGAAUUUUAAAGGGAUAUUUAACCCAAAAAUGAAAAUUCUGUCAUCUUUUACUCACAUUCAUGUCAUUCAAAACCUGUAAAACUUUCUUUCAUGGAACACAAAAUAUGUUAGGCAUAAUGUAGCCUCUGUCACCAUUCAGGUU